UAUAUUAACUGGAUAAACGACAGCCGUGCGCAUGCGCAGCAAUGCAAAUAAAAACGACCACGCAAUAUUCCAGCUGAAAUUUUUCCGACAACUACCUGUUUACAUUGUUACAAAUUUGCGCGUCAUGCUCGAAAGUGUGUUUCUCGUUAUGCUCCUCUUGAAUGACGCAUCCGCGCAGAAAACAGUUGAGGGGUUUAUCGGCGGUUCUGCGCUUUUGCCGUGUCACGCCGAGAGGACAACGAUCACGGUCAUCACCGCGCACUGGAGAUACGACGACAACAAGAAUGUUUAUGACAUACUGAAUGGUCAAGGGAAGACCAAGGAGCAGGCCCCGGAGUACAGGGACAGGACUGAAACGUUCCCUGCGGAGUAUUCCAAAGGAAACUUCACUCUUAAGCUCCGGAGUCUUCAGAAAAGCGACGAAGGGUCGUAUUGCUGCUUCGUUAUCGAGUUUGGCCUCAAUGAAUGCGUAAAUCUUCAAGUCAAAGAGAAACCGAGAGGAAUCCAAACAAGUCCAGACUCUAACGGAGGAGGUGAAAGCACAGCAGGUUGGAUCGUGUCUCUGUUAAUUCUCCUCUUCUCCGUAACUCUUCAGCUCUGAGUGUGAGAGAUGACUGUUAAACAGGCAGUGUGUGUUUAAUUGCAGUGAGCCUCUACUUUGCACUAUUACUAUUUUCCGAAGCAGGAACUACAGCGUUAGAUUGUAUCUAGUUUUUCACUGAAUUGUGUCUAGCAUCUAGAUAUAAUUGUGAAAACUGAGAAGCAUUUGGAAACGCAUACACACGCACACACACACACACAUAUUACAUAUCAGGCCUGUUAUAAUUAAGGUAGGUGUCAUAAACGGGCGCUAUUCAUAUUUCACAUUGUCAUUCAACAUUGCAAACAUGACAUUCCAGAAAAUGUCCAGUGGAUAAAAUCAAUACAUUUCCUUAAUUAAGACACUACCGCUUUUGCAUUCACAUUAAACAAAGUAAAAUAUGGAGUCUACCCCGACUAGCUUGAUAAUAUUCAGGAAUUCUGAUAAAAUGUGACUUGUGUGGAAUUGUUUGCUAUUCUGCCGUAUUUAAUUGUUAAUACCUCUGAUGCUUCGGGCGAGUGUAUGCACUACAUUUAUUUAUUGCGUGUUUAUUUAAUUGAAAGUAAUUGUAUUUAUAUUUAAUUUAUUUUAUAUUUAAGCUAAUAUAAUUUCUAAUACGUAUGAGAUGUUGAGUUGAACUCUGUUGUUUUCACUUCUUGUAAAACAGCGCUAUGAUGCUUAGUGCAAAUAAAUUUGUUCCUGGAAACA